AUGGCGGAGGUGGACACCGAAGGAGAUGAAUGCGGCUCUGAUCCGUCAGGCAGGUUUCCUAGCGAGGAAUACGAGUGUAAAAUCUGCUAUAAUGACUUCGACCUGGACCUUCACAUUCCAAAACUGCUAGGCUGCUCCCACACCUUCUGCAAGGAGUGUCUGGACACACUCCACUCCCGGGAGGGGCGAGGAUGGAGGAUUGGCUGUCCAGUUUGUCGCCACCGAACACCUGUACCGGAGUACCGGGUUAGCAACCUCCCGGACAACACCACUAUAUGUGAUGCUCUGCCACUGAAAUCACACGAGCCUGUAAACUCUUCAAAAACAGAUGUCCUCGUGACAGGUCCGACCUUCUCCCCUGCUGCCUCCCAAGAGAGCGACGACAGCUGUCAGACAUGCAAACAAGUUGCGUUUGUGACGGGCUGCGCGUGCGCCAUUUUCUCUUUCCUGUCCAUGGUUGUGCUUUUAUUUAUGGGCCUCAUUUUUGUACAUAACUUCAACAACAAGACGUCGUCCGUCGGCCCUAUUUGUUUGUUUGUCGCGAGUAUCCUCGCACUGUUCUCGCUUAUUUUCACUUGGAUAGUGUGCAUGCUGAAGUACCGACCUGAAACUGAGACCAGCAACUUCAGUUCCCUCACCUCCAAUAUGAUGUGA